AUGCUUGAAGACAUAGGAAAGAUUUCGAAAGUUCGUGUCACGUUGAAGAGAGCAAUAGCCUUAAAUGGGUUUAUAUAUAGCCGUACAGGUGUUGUAAACAUGAUGAGGAAGUUUACCGGGAAAAGAGAGUUGGUGAGACCCCCGAUAACCAGAUUUGCCACCGCUUACAUCACUCUUCGUUCAAUACAAGUUCAAAAGGCAAACCUUAGAAAGAUGUUUACUUCUGAUGAAUGGAGGAAGAGUAAAUACUCAAAAGAGCAUGGCGGUAAAAGAGUCGCAUCCAUUGUUUUGAUGCCUACCUUUUGGAGUACAAUUGUGUAUAUCCUUAAGAUGACGGGUCCUCUCGUAAAAGUGCUUAGGUUAGUUGAUGGUGAAAAAAGGCCGGCCAUGGGCUAUGUAUAUGAGGCCAUGGAUAGGGCAAAAGAAGCAAUUGCAAACUCCUUUAAUAAUGUGGAGGACAAGUACAAAGAUGUGUUUGCAAUUAUUGACAAAAGGUGGGAAUGUCAACUCCAUCAACCAUUACACGCGGCCGGGUGUUAUUUGAAUCCUCAGUUAUUCUACUCAAAUCCCCAAAUUCAAGAGGAUAAGGAGGUGAUGAUCGGGUUUCUUAAAUGCAUUGAGAGAUUAGUGCUGAGUGUUGUUGAUCAAGGUAAAAUAGAGGACCAAUUGUCACUUUAUAGGAACGCCGAAGCUGAGUGGUGGGCUUCUUUUGGCAAUGAUGCACCGGAAUUAAAAAAGUUUGCCAUCAAAGUCCUCAGCCUUACGUGUAAUGCAAGUGGUUGUGAGCGAAAUUGGAGUAUUUUUAGCCUCCUUCAUAACAAAAGAAGAAACCGACUUGCGCAAACUCAGCUCAAUAAUUUAGUCUAUGUGAAAUAUAAUCGAGCGUUAAAGCGGCGUUAUAAUCAUCGUGAUGUCAUUGAUCCAAUCUCUUUGGAUGACAUUGAUGAAAGUAACGAAUGGUUGCUUGGUAGAAUGGAUGAGGAUGAAGAAGAAAAUGAAGAUUAUGUGUUUGAUGAUGACGAUUUGAAAUGGAAGGAUGUUGGUAUAGCUUCCGGAGCUUAUGAGCGUGACCAUAAUACUAGAAGAAAGAACAUUGCUAGUUCAAGCUCGAAAGGAAAGGAAAAAGCUAGACCACACCUUGUAGAUGAAGAUUAUGAAGAUUAUGAAGUUGUUAUGCUAGAGGAGAGUGACACUGAAGAAAAAGACAUUAGGGAUUUACUUGAUUAUGCUUGUUGA